AUGGGUCGUGUGGAGGAGAGGAAACACAAAGGUCGCAUUGAGGAGAGGAAACACAAAGGUCAUGUUUUGGUUGAGCUAUGUGGACCUGAUACUUACACUCAACGUGGAGGUAGCCUCUAUGCUCAGGCUUGGAAAAGCGAGGGCCUCGCUCUACAUGGUCGUGAGAUCUAUGCUCCGACUGGACCUGAGGUCUGCGUUCAGAGCAAUCUUGAGGCCUGCAUUCAGAGUAGUCUUGAGGUCUGCGUUCAGAGUAGUCUUGAGGUAUGCAUUCAGAGCAGUAUUGAGGUCUGCGUUCAGAGCAGUCUUAAGCGCACUCGCGACGCCGUCACCGCUCGCCUCGUAGAAACCCUAACCUGCCCCUCCUCCGUCCUCGCCAAGCGCUACGGCGUCCUCCCCGAGGCGGAAGCUGCCUCCGUCGCCGGCGAGAUCGAGAAGGAGGCGUACGACGCGGCCGAAUCCGCCUCCGACGAGGCCAAGGCGGCGUCGGUCGAGGGAGGGAUCGAGAUCUUGGAGAUCUACUCCAAGGCGAUCAGUAGGAAGAUGCUGGAGUCUGUGAAGGCGAGGGGUGGGGUUCAGAACAUGAGUCCGCCAGAGAUUGAGAAUCUGUCGGUGGAGGAUGCGGAGAAGGAGUCUCGUGGCGGGGGGGGGGCGGGGGGCGGAGGCGGAGGCUCCGGCGGCUACUUAAGGCUGGGCGAGGGGUUUUGGUUUUUCAGGAGUGGUGCGUGAAAAGCCAAACUGUAGGAAUUGCAAUUAAGUAUUGAGAUGGUAGUCUUUUCCAGUCUAAAUUUCUUCAGGGAUACUUCUGAUUGCGUUCUGCAUCUGCUGCUCCUAUAUUAAAAAAAAAAAAAAAAAAUCGGUUUGAGAUGUCUUGGUUGUCAUAAAAUAAUGACAUCGGUGCUUAAUGUUUCUUAUCAUGUCAAAGUCCAAUGAAGCCAGUCUAAUGUAGUAUAUGAUGCUUCAAUUUAACCUUAAUGAUGUCCAUUGAAGAAAUACCUGUUACAGGAUCUAUUCCUGGGCAAACAAUUGUUUGUAUGUAUGCUGCAUGAACGUGUUUAAGUACGUAUAAGAGAAAUAUUUGGUUGGUUUUACUUUGAA